UCAAAAUUAUAGUAGAGGCGGCGGUAAAAAGUCAAUCGGAACUUCCAACGUUUUGUGGUCGGAGUAGAAGUAUCGUUUGUUCCUACAAAUAACCUUUUGACUAAAUAGAAAACUAAUCACUGAAAAUGGGAGUUCCAGCAUUUUUCCGUUGGUUAUCAAAAAAAUAUCCAUUGAUAGUUGUGCAUUGUGUCGAAGAAAAGGCGAAAGAGUGCAAUGAUGUAAAAGUUCCAGUUGACACAAGUCUACCUAAUCCUAAUGAUUAUGAGUUUGAUAACCUUUACUUAGACAUGAAUGGUAUAAUUCAUCCUUGCUCCCAUCCUGAAAAUAAACCAGCACCAAAAAAUGAAACAGAAAUGAUGUUGAAUAUUUUUGAAUAUAUUGACAGAAUAUUUUCAAUUGUACGCCCAAGACGGCUGUUGUACAUGGCUAUAGAUGGAGUGGCUCCAAGAGCUAAGAUGAAUCAACAAAGAUCUCGUAGAUUUCGAGCAGCAAAAGAUGCAAGGGAGUCUAAAGAAAUCAUCCAUAACAUAAAGCAGAAGUUAAUUGAAAAAGGGGCAGUUCUUCCUCCUGAACCAGAAAAGAAAGAAUCUUUUGACAGUAAUUGUAUAACUCCUGGCACUGAAUUUAUGGAUAGGUUAGCUGUAUGCUUACGUUAUUAUAUUGCUCAUCGCUUGACAAAUGAUCCUGGGUGGAAAAAUAUAAAGGUGAUUUUGUCUGAUGCAAAUACCCCUGGAGAAGGUGAACAUAAAAUAAUGGAUUUUAUACGCAAACAAAGAGCACAACCUGACCACGAUCCAAACACUAAGCACUGUCUUAAUGGAGCCGAUGCUGAUUUGAUUAUGUUAGGAUUGGCCACUCAUGAAGUCCAUUUUACUAUUUUAAGAGAAGAAUUUAAACCUAAUCAAAAAAGACCAUGUGAAAUUUGUGGGCAAAUUGGUCAUGAAAAGACAGAUUGUGAAGGUUUACCAAAAGAAAAUUUAGGGUCAAACUGUGUUGAAACUCCGAUUGUUCAAGAUGUUGAAUUUAUUUUCAUUCGUCUUCAUGUCCUGAGAGAAUACUUAGAACGUGAAUUAAAGAUGGAAGGGCUUCCUUUUUACAAUUUUGAGAGAGCAUUAGAUGAUUGGGUGUUUAUGUGUUUUUUUGUUGGUAAUGAUUUUUUACCUCAUCUUCCUUCAUUAGAGAUCAGAGAAGGAGCAAUUGAUCGUCUUGUUAACAUUUACAAAAGAUGUUUGCCACAAUUGGGUGGUUAUCUUGGUGACAGUGGGAUUGUAAAUUUAAAAAGAGCACAACGUAUUUUACAAGAAGUUGGUGAUGUUGAAGAUGAAAUCUUUAGAAAAAGACAGCAGUUUGAGGAAAAUAUGAAAGCACGAAAAAAGCAAAACGAUGAACGCAACAAGCGACAAAAAAUGGAAGGCUGUGAUUCCCCCUUUUGGUCACCAAGGAUGAAUGGAACACCCCUUGGUGCAAAUCAUUCACCUUUUAUGAGAACUCCUAGCGCAUUUAAUGAAGUUUCACCAAAUAUGAAAGCAGCAUCUGAUUUAAGACAACAGCUAACACCUUCAACAAAUAAUAGUUCGAACUCCAUACAAGCUACACCAACAAGCACAAGUAGAAAAAGACAUUUAGAAGAUAAUGUAGAAAAAAAUGAGUCUGAUGAUGAACCAGUUGAUAAUAUCAGACUUUGGGAAGAGGGCUGGAAAGAGCGAUAUUAUUUGCACAAAUUUAGUGUUUCGAAAGAAAAAGAUCCAGUAUAUUUUCAGAAGUUUCGCAAGCAUACUGCUAAUGAGUAUGUAAUUGGUUUGUGUUGGGUGCUACGCUAUUAUUAUCAGGGUUGUUGUUCAUGGAAUUGGUUUUAUCCUUUUCACUAUGCUCCUUUUGCAUCUGAUUUUGGUGAUAUUGAAGACUUAGAUGUAAAGUUCGAGAAAGGCACAGUACCUUUUAAACCGUUGGAACAGCUUAUGAGUGUUUUCCCUGCUGCAAGUGGAAAAUUUUUACCUCCAACAUGGAGAUCUCUAAUGUCAAGUCCGGAUUCUCCUAUUAUUGAUUUUUAUCCUACAGAUUUUAAAAUUGAUUUAAAUGGAAAAAAGUUUGCAUGGCAAGGUGUGGCACUUCUUCCGUUUGUCGAUGAAAAAAGACUUCAUAGAACACUUGUUAGUGUGUACAAUGACUUGACAGAGGAUGAGAUUCGAAGGUCACGUCGUGAUGAUGAAGUGUUGUUUGUAGGAAAAGCCAAUCCUCUUUUUGACUACCUUAUAGGUUUACAUGAAAGUGGAAUGUUAAAAGAGAAACAGAACAUUGUCACAGAUUUAUCCUUGGGUGUCAGAGGAACAGUGUACUAUGAUGAAAAUGGAGUUCUUCCAGGAAAGCGAUACGUGUGUCCGCUACCUGACGGUGAACAUAUUGAUUGUACACAAACGUUUAGUGUAAAGUACAACGAUCCUGUUUAUGAAGAAGAUUUCAUUUAUCUUGCCAGAGUUCUCGAUAAAGCAACGCCACCAGACCGUAUAUUAAAACCAGGAGAUUUUGAGCAAAAUAGACAGUGGUCGCCUAUGCCAGGCAUGGGUCGUGGUUCACGUAAUCCCAACCAUAUAGGAAGCGGUGGUCAUAGAAUGAUACGACAUGAACUGGCUUCUAAUAGUAUCUCGCCUCGCUAUCGAACAUCGUCGCCUUAUGCACAAACCCCUUUAUCUUAUCAAAGUCAUCAAGACGGGGGUCGCAACAAUAGUUUUAGUGGCUACAAUAAUUCACCAAGAAGUUAUCAUACCUCUCCGGUAAAUAUCAAUAGUUCUAGAAACUACAACAAUAAUACUAGAAGUUGUGAUAAUUCACCAAGAAGUUAUAAUUCACCAAGAGACAAUCAAACAUAUAACCGAGGUGAUUAUCACUCUCCUCGCCUUGUUUAUAAUUCGUCACGUGAUCAUAAUUCAUCGUUUGGAAGUUAUGGCACACCUCAAAGAACAUUCAGCUCGCCACAAAUCGAAGGAUGUAAUCAGCAACCAUGGAGCAGUGUUAGGCCUUCUUUUUGUUUACCAUCCCCGCAUAGCGACAGAGACGAUCUUGAACGCCAACGUUAUAGUGCUGAUCGUGGAAAAAAUCAAAGUCAAAAUGAUAACCGUCGACGAUCUUAUUCAGAUGUUCAAAAACCGAGGUGGUAGCUACUAAAACAACUAAGCUAAAAGUUAUUAUUUAAAAAAAAAUAACAGCUUUCUGGCACAAUAUUGUUCCUUCAAUUUUUAAAUUUUAGAAACUACCGCAAAAUGUAUUUGAUGAGUUAAAUAGAUUAAUUGCUAACUGA